UAUUGGGUGCAAAAGUUCCAACGAGAUCCGCCGACACACGGAAUCAUUAACGCUCCAACGAUCACGAUUAACCACCGGUAUUUAUGGAGCGCGAGCCAUUCGGGGACAACCCACAGUCACUAACAGCCUUCUCCAUUCUCGCUCAUAAUACGCGGAGGGAGAGCAGAAGGGCUGUUGUCGGGAACGUGGGAGUGGUAGAGGAGGAAGCGAAGGAGCUAUUGGGAGGAAGGGCGGAAGAAGAGGAGCUGGAAAUGGUAGGCCAAGGAGGAAACGACGUCGAGGGGCGGUCGCCCUCUGAACGGAAGGUCCAUUGUGAUGAUGAUUUGGCUGUUCGAAUGCCGGAGACCGCACAUGAGAUUAGCAAUGAUUCAUGGUUUCAAGUUGGAUUUGUUCUCACAACUGGGAUUAACAGUGCCUAUGUGCUGGGAUAUUCUGGUGCUGUCAUGGUUCCGUUGGGUUGGAUAGGUGGUGUAAUUGGACUAGUUUUAGCAACACUGAUAUCUUUGUACGCAAAUGCACUAGUUGCCAAGCUUCAUGAAUAUGGAGGAAAAAGGCAUAUCAGAUACAGAGACCUUGCAGGAUUUAUUUACGGUAGGAGAGCUUAUUCACUUACUUGGAGCCUGCAGUAUGCGAACCUCUUUAUGAUCAACGUUGGAUAUAUUAUUUUAGCUGGAAAUGCUCUUAAGGCUGUCUAUGUUCUUUUCAGAGACGACCAUGAAAUGAAGCUUCCAUACUUUAUUAUUAUAGCUGGGAUUGCAUGCGGUCUCUUUGCUAUUGCCAUACCCCAUUUGUCAGCCCUGCGUAUUUGGCUGGCAUUUUCAACGAUCUUUAGUCUGGUGUACAUUGUUGUAGGAUUUGCUCUGGCUCUUAAAGAUGGCAUGAAAGCUCCUCCUAGAGAUUACAGCAUUCCAGGAACAAAAGUAAGCAGGAUUUUUACAACUAUUGGUGCAGCAGCCAAUCUUGUUUUUUCCUUCAAUACUGGAAUGCUUCCAGAAAUACAGGCAACAGUGAGACCACCAGUUGUGGGGAACAUGAUGAAAGCUCUGUAUUUCCAGUUCUCUGUUGGAGUUGUGCCAAUGUAUGCGAUUAUCUUUGCCGGAUACUGGGCUUAUGGAUCCAACACUUCAACCUACUUGCUGAACAAUGUUAACGGCCCUAUUUGGUUGAAGGCUGUGGCUAACUUUUCAGCUUUCUUGCAGACCAUCAUUGCUUUGCAUAUCUUUGCAAGUCCAAUGUACGAGUAUUUGGACACAAAGUAUAGAAUCAAAGGAAGUGCUCUAGCUAUACGCAACUUAUCUUUCAGAAUAUUAGUUAGAGGUGGUUACUUAGCGAUCACCACGUUCGUCUCAGCCUUGCUCCCGUUUUUAGGAGAUUUCAUGAGCCUAACGGGAGCUGUCAGCACGUUCCCUCUCACGUUCAUUCUUGCCAACCAUAUGUAUCUCGUGGCUAAGAAAAACAAGCUUUCUUCGCUGCAGAAGAGUUGGCAUUGGCUUAAUGUGUUUUUUUUCAGUUGCUUAUCUCUUGCAGCCUUAGUUGCUGCCAUCAGACUGAUCAUUGUGGACUCCAAAACUUACCACGUAUUUGCUGAUUUAUGAGUUUUUCUUCUUUGUGUAUUGAUAGGGAUCUGUGAAUCCUCCUGUUGUAUCUCCACGGAAGCAUCCAUCCGUAGCCUUUCAUUAAUCAAAAUGUUGGUUUUAUGGUUAUUUAUUUGGACCAACAAGUUUCAGAAGCA